AUGGCGUCCGGAUAUGAAGAGAACCCUUUCGUGGAGGCACUACAAUCUGAAGCGCUCAAUGAGCUUCUACAGGACGAUGAGAAACGGUCGCUAGCACAACAGUUUCAGGACAAUUUGCGAACGCUGUCCGAUAUGUUUGUGAACCUGUCGGAUGAAGAGAAGCGUCAGUUUGCGAAAGAUUUUAAGGGCAAGUUUGUGAAAUCCCUCGCACAGUUAAACGAAUUUUCCAAGCAGAAAAAAGUCGUCCAAAGUACGCUUGGGAAGGAUGAAGAAUCGGAUCCGAUUCUGCUAGAAUCGCUUGCCAAAAAAUUGCCCGGUGCGGGAAUAUUUUGGACGGAACAGUUUGAGCCGACACCGUUUGGGUACGGAAUGUUGGCCGGUUUUGUGGCGUUGGUUGUUGCAUUCUUCGGCUACAAGCUGUACCUAUCGCUCACGGAGAAGGAACGCAAGCGCGAGGAAAAGCUAAAGGCAAAGCAGGAAAAGGGUAAAAAGAAGAAAUGAUUCCCUGUCGUUAGCAGUAUCGCAACCGGUACUGGCGAUUCCAGCGAUCGCUCAUCACGUCGAACUCAGCAGCAGCUGGAACCGCCAGUACAGCACAAACAUUCCAGAGGAAAAAGACUUGGCAAGGCCUAGCGA